AUGGGUCUUGUGGAGGAACCGGGUCGCGUGGUGCAACCGGGUGGUCUCGAGGUCCCUUGGUACGAACUUCAAGAAGGCGAGAAGGAACGAGAGGAAUUGGCGGAGCUCGCGGCGCGGAAGAUGAGUCAGUGGAGCGAUGCGGAGCUGAUGGAGCUCGCAGCGGCUGUCGUUUUCUGCCGGCACAGCGGGAAAGUCACGAUACGGAGCGGCGGCAGGGGGGACGUGUACUGGCGGCAGGUGUGGCGCGCGAUCCGGCUCACGAACCCCGAAUGGCGGCGCAUCCCGACAGCGAUGGCGAAGCAGUGGACGCGUAUGAAAGCGCGAUACGACGCGGAGACGCACGACCCGCGGCGGAAGCGGCGGCGGCGGAAGCGGGGGGAGACGGGGCGGUGCCCCGCGGAGGGGAUGCCGUCGGGGGAAGCGGAGCAGCCGGCAGGGGGGGGCUCAGUUGAGCAGCGGCAGGGAGGGUCUACUAACGCGGAUGAGCAACCCAAUAACGAGUCAGGGGGGAACACAGGGGCGAAGGCAAAGGCAAGGGGAUAUGGUGCAUCAGGCAACAGCAUGUUGCGCGUGCCUGGUAACAGGGUUACGUUUGCUGCUGGCGCUACAUCCCCCCUGCCUGCUACACCUCCCCUGCCCGCUACAGCCCCCCUGCCUGCCACAACCCCACUUCCUGCUACAAAUUUUCACUCGGCGAGUUAUGAACCGGUAUCAGCCCACAGACAAGGCACAGUAGCAGCAGCGGAUGAUUUGACUUCUGGGGGUGUCUCACUGCGUGAAAGGGAUGGUAGAAGCGAGCAGCGAGAUAGGGAUGGUAGGAGGGAGCAGCGAGAGCGGAACGAGACAAGAUUUCCAAGGAGGGGAGCAGAGGAACUCACAGGAGGUGGAAAGGAUUCGAGCGCAGGGGUUUCGGGAGGGAGGCAGGGCGAGAGGCGGGGCAAGAUGCGGGGUGAGAGGCGGGCUGAGAGGCGGGGCGAGAGGUUGGGCGAGAGGUUGACUGCAGCGAUGGGUGCUGCGGUGAGAAGCGCAUGCAUUCAGUUUGAUGAGCUCACUCGGGAGUUGCUGCAUGAUGCAUACUCGCGGUUUGAGGAGCUUUCUCAGAAACUGGCAGAGGAUGCUACAGCUCAGUUUGAGGACAUUGCGAGAGGGGGGCUUUCACAGCGAGUGGCGAAUGAUGCUAGCUUGCAGUUUGAAGAGAUUGCGAGAGAGCUAGUGGAGGAGACUGUGGCGGCUUGCCGAGACGGCAAGACGCUCAAGAGGAGGUAA